AAGGCCUAGUAUUUUCUACCUGAGCUUAUGCAACACGUUCUCACUCCCGACUCGUCAUAUAUUGACGCUUGGGCAGGUUCCCUCAGCGUCACAUAUUGACGCGUCGGGUACCCCGUUCGCGUCAAUAUGUGACGAGAAGGGUUCUCCCAUUGAAUGCUGUACGGCUCCCUAAGCGUCCAAAACCGACGAUCUAGGAACAAAUAAGAUGACGAGUCUGUUCUAUUUUUGUAAAAGGCACACAAUUCGUGCAUAGCAGAUGUAUUUGUAGGUUUUUAACAAUUUAGUUAAUUUUACUUCAGUUUUAAAAGAUCCUCCGGUUCUCUGAAGCCGCGAUUUUAUCUACAUGUCUGUUUAUUUCUUAACAGCAGACACGAAUUACACCAGUUUCACUGAUUUCAUCGUAACUUCAUGAUUGUAAAGGACAUAACAUUCUAAUUUUUACACAAUAAUAAAAAAAGAAAGGAAUACGUAUGUUAUUUGGAGUUUAUGAGGUUACAGAUAAUAGCGGCAUGCACCUCCGAAGUCGUUUGCAGUCCAUUAAUAAUAAAAAAAAGAAUUUUAAUAAAAAUGUUUAAGAAGAGUGAGGGUGCAUUUCCUUUUGUGAUUACAUGCCAGACGGUUCUGUAAACGUUUGAUUAAAAUAAAAAUAAGGACAGAUCCCACCCGUCCAUAAAUCUAAGAAGAAGAAGAAGAAGAAGAAGCUGACGUCAUCGCAUGCGACAUUGGACCCCGGUGAGUACAAACCUGAAUCUGUCAGAAAUGGUUUUGUAUUAUAAAACAAAAGAAAAUACUACAGAAUGUGAUUGCAGUUGUAGGACUUAAUGGUAGUAGGACUGUGCCGCGAAUGGUUGAAGACAUUUGGACACGUUUGUAACAUGUAUUUUUUUAAUUUUUGUUGCCGCUAGCUACAUUAGCUAGCUACAUUAGCUAGCUACAUUAGCCUCUUGGAGCCCAGAGAGUUCAGCUGAACCUGCACUUAAUACAUUUAAUUAGCCAUGAUAGAGUCACAGAAUUGUUUGUUGUAUAAUUUGAGGGUUGCUAUAACAACCCUAGGCUGUGAUGAUCCUAAAGGUUUUCUGAAUACACUGAUUGCAGCUAGGUCAUGCAUUUGAAUUAAAAACGAACUUGGGUCAUUACAGCCAAAGUUCUCUCCACCUGUCUACGUUGAAAUAAAUAACUUCCGAAAUCUGAACAUUUAUUUUGUUUUUAUGUCAACAGGUUCUUCUUUGAGAUAUUCAUCGGACAUACAUUUCUGCUCAUUCAUAGCACCCACAAAAGGCACUUUUAAGAGCCACGUUUGUCAAAUCUCUGCGUCAUCUUUUUUGUCAUAUCUCUUCGUCAUCUUUGUGUUCUUAAUUUGUCUAUUGUUCUUCACGUAAUUUGUCAACAGUUCUGUUUGUUUGUUUUGUUUGUUUGUUUGUUUGUCCAUCACCAUGAGUGUCUCAAACAUCCCCGAUCCAUUAAUGGUCCUGGAUGCUGCGAUACAUCAGCAUAAAAUAAAUGUUGAGCUUCAAAAACUUGAUGACUUAAUUGUUGAUCUGAAGAAAGAUAAAGAUCAAGUACCUACGCAGAUCCCUGAACCCACAGUAAGGUGGAGAAAAAGGGACAAAGAUGGAAACAUACUAUAUAAGAGGCCUAGAUCAACAAGAAAUCAAUUACGUAAGACGCCCCACCGUCGGAAGACCAGCUGUCCCUCUCAACCCUCUAACAUUCAUUGUGAAGUUGCCUUUGCUCCAGAGACUGUUGAGUCUUUUCUACAAGAACUCCAGAGCUCACUGAAUGAUGCUGCAGGUCAACCAGUAGUGCCAAAAGCUCCUCUGGCUUCCACAAACUGGAGCAGAAGAAAAAGCCUUUUUUCAGAGAGUUGGAAAGCAGAAAGACCCCGUCUGGUUAACACCAUGGCAGCUCAGCAAAGUGUGUCAGCACACUUAUGCCAGCAUUGUGGAAAUAAUCCAUCUGCACUUCGGUGUCGUGAUUGCCUACCACACCCCUUCUUUUGUGAAAAAUGUGAUGUGAUGAUGCACACCAAACAUGUCUUUCACAACAGAGAAACCAUCAUAGCUGGGUUCUUCCAGCCAUUGCCUCCAACUACCUAUGUUUUAAAUACAACUCUUUGCCAUGAUGGUCAUCUGGUUCUGCAUAUAUUAGUUACAAUGUGUUAAUACAGUUUAGGUGAAUUCAUAUUUUAAACAUGUCAACCUCUUUAGCACGAUUCGUACCUGUGGAGAUCCCAGUUAGAAUUUGUGAUUGUCCAUCAGAGUGUUUGAGGAUCAAAGCAGGAAAGGCUGUCACUGUCGUCACAAUCAAUGGUCGUUAUGAUCUCAGCAUGCCAGAGCUGAGGUGUGAGGGAUGUGAGGCUAGUUGGACAUGUGGAGUACAUGAUCUAAAUUUAACUGAUUACUGGCCAGCUACCCUUCACUUUUCCACUCUAUAUGCAACUGAUGUGCUUUUUACAUUUGAAGAAAUGAAGAUGGCAGCACCAGGUCUCUCCUGUCAAGCAUUUCUUAAAAUGUUAGACCAACGAACCGUCCGCUUUGGCCGUACAGGAAAGAUAUCAGCUGACAACUUCCUGAAAAGUUUUUUUGAGUGGGAAGCUAUAAGAUAUGAGUUGGAUAAAAUGUUAAGGAAGGAUCCCUUCAAGUGUCAAGCUUGUACCCCGGAUAUGCUUGCAGUUUCAGUGGAUGGAAACCGCAAGCAUUACCGUUUCAAGAAUGCAGCAAGAUCGGAGGAACAGGCCCUAUUUCAGGACCUGUUCAUAGCCAAGGAUGAAGACGUAAGACAAUUUGUGGACUAUAUACACAAAUCAACCAAACAUACUUCUGGAAGAGGUGUCUGUGGUGGGCAAUGGUCAGCAGCCAGAGAGACCUCUCACAGAUCCAGCAGCAAACUGGACGAGGAGGGAUUGGAGCUAGCGGUGUGCAGACAUGGGGUGCUACUUUGUGCCCUGAACAUGUAUAGGGGUGAGAUAUUUGCAUACCCCUUGUACUUGCAGCAAAGGCUGGCCAACAGACGGAUCACAUUUUUUUGCAUGGAUGUAACAUGCAAGUACUGGCCAUAUCUUGAGAAAGUAUCGAAAAACUGUCCUGAGCUCCAGCACCUGCUUCAAAUGAAGCCAUUCCUCUCCGUGUUCCAUGCCAAAGCCCAUGACUUCAAAUGUGAGGCUAAGUGGAGUGGAGCAUAUCAAGAUGGUGCUGGCUUGACUCUAGGGGAAGAAGUUGAGCAGUGCAAUGCAUUUCUCUCAAGGAUUGCUGUUACGACAAAACAUAUGUCAAAAGCUGGACGGACAGACAUGCUGACUCUUAUGGCCAUGCGCUGGAAUCAGCAAAAACUUGACAACUUGGCCACCUCACUAACCCGUCGAUAUCAGAAGGCCACAAAAGCUCUUCAAAAACAACAUCAGAACUUGGAGUCCUUAAAAAUUGAGCUUUUGGUGACUGACAGUCAACUUGAUGACUGGGUCCAUGAUAUUAAGGAGUGGGCAGAAGCAACAUCUAGCACAACUGAUCCGGGCUCCUUGGCAGGCAGAAUUGAGGUUCUGGCUGCGAGCAUCAAAAGGCGAUCUCAGCGUCUUUAUAAAGACAUAGACGGAAACAAAGCUCGUGCCAAGGCUCGUCGCAAAAUAAGACAGGAGAAAAACAUCUUAGCAUUGGCUUUAGAAAACUACAAGACUGUUACAGGCACAGAAGCACUAUCUUUAGAAGAGAUCCUGUCCGGUGACACAACAUUGCCAUGGCAGCAAUCAGACAGUGACUCUGUCAGUCUUGCCACAAAAAGGAGGGCAUUCGAUGGCAUUAUGACAGUAAAGAGACUGGAAGAGGAAAAGAGGAUCCUCGUAGGAGAGAUGGACCGUCAUUGGAAAUCUCUGUCAUCCUAUGAAGAUGCUCUAAAGGAGCUUCCCCGCCUGUUAUCGAGCGGCAAAUUUAAAAGUUCGUCCUGUUCCCUAACUGAUGAAGCUCUAAGAGGCCUCCAGAGCAUCAUCCUCAGAGAGCUACAGCACUUAAAACAAAUGAAACUGCAGGCAAGAGAACAUUAUCUACAGACUUUGUCAGGAGCAGAAAGUGUUAGUUUUGACAAUACUUCUGAUGACGACUUUGGUAGUGACUCGGAAGCUUCUGAUAAUAGUCUUUAAUCAUUUGUGCAUAUACUGCUGACAAAGAUCUACACUAGCGUGACAGUAUUCGGCUCCUUCUGGAUUGACCAAUAUGUCACAAGUAAAGUAUGUUUGCUCAUAAGUCACAAAGAGACACAAUUCUGUUUAAAUUUGUUUUUGUGCUUUCAUGUUUCCAAAUUGGCAGUGUUUUAUUUCGGUGAUUCUUUUUUUUAAAAUAGUUAAUAUGUUUGUGCCUUUUUACUUUCUAAAAGGGUCUUACUAGGGCUGUGAUUACUUGCGCAGGCAUGUCAUUCAUUUUGUUUCUUUUUCAUUAUGUUUCUCCAUAUCUACUGUAUUUCCAGAUAAUAGUAAGAGUAAUUUUACUGUAGUUAAUAAUUUUAGUUACUACUUUUACUUCAAAUGGAGUAAUAGCAGUUGUGCUUAUGUUUAGCAGUUUAAAAAUGGCUACAACACUACAUUAAGCAGUCGCAGUGAUUCUGCACUAACCAAGACAUCUUUUUGGAUAUUAUACUUUUAUUUUCUUUUUUUAUUAACAUGUGCAGCUCUGACUUAUUUUUUAAUUCAAUAAACACACAGUGUAUAGUGGUGGAACACUUCGUUGUCUGUGGUCACUUGAAUUCUGUUCAAUUUUUCUGUCAAUUUCUGUAUUAAAAAGAAAUGAGUUGCAAAGUUUCA